AUGGCACUCCCACAACUGGACGAAGAGAAAAUGGCCAUGGUGCAAGAGCUAGAACUCGAGAUGAUGUCUGAUAUGUAUAACCGAAUGACCGCUUCGUGCCACAAAAAGUGUAUACCGCCCAAGUACAAGGAUGCCGAGCUGAAUAAAGGCGAAAGCGUGUGUUUAGAUCGGUGUGUUGCCAAGUACCUGGAGAUACACGAGAGAGUCGGGCGGAAACUGACGGAGGUCAGUGUCGGAGAUGAAGAACUCAUCAAGCAAAUGCAGCAAAGUGAUCAGCGGCCGAAAGCUUGA